AUGGAAGAAACUCAAAGAAUUCAGCGCUCACGAAAGGGACACAGAGCUCAUUUGACAAAGGUUUUAAACAAGGCUACAACAAUUAUGGAGAAUGACGAAGCCCCAAACGCCAUGCAGAUUGCUUCGCUCACCGCUACUAUUGAACAACUCGCAAGGAAAAGAACCGUAUUGAACGAACUGAACGAAAAACUCUUAGCUAUGGUCGAAGAUCCCGACGGACUCGAACAAGAAAUCAUGGAAGCAGAGGAUAUUGAAUGUGAAAUCAACGAGAAAAGUGCUCAGAUAAGUGCCUUUGUUUUGUCUUGUAAUACUGUUAAGAAUCCAGUAAUCUCACAAGUUAAUGCACCCCAAGUUAUUACAUCUCCACUACAAGUUAAUGCACCCCAAGUUAUUACAUCUCCACUACAAGUUAAUGCACCCCAAGUUAUUACAUCUACACAACAAGUUAGUGCACCCCAAGUUAUCACACCUCCACAACAAGAUAAUUCACCACAAACCAUUCCAUCUCAACAAGUCAGUGAAUCACAACCCACUACAUCCUCAACACUCGAAGUAAAUCCAUUGCAAACCCCACCAUUAAACCAAGAACAAUCAGUCACUGUUAACGAAUCCGAAGGUGUUAGUUCAAUGAAUACUAGCACUAAUACUGGUAAUCUUCCAAUGAACUAUCAAUCCAACCCAGUAUCACCAACAUCUCAACCACACCUCACCCCAACCCCAAAUCAUGUGAGUCGUUUACCCAAAUUAAACUUACCAACCUUUUCUGGAAACCCCUUGACUUGGAACACAUUUUGGGACUCAUUUAAUGUAGCUGUAAAUUCAAAUCCGAAUCUUGAAGGGGUACAAAAAUUUAACUAUCUAAGAGCCCAAUUAUCUGGAGAUGCUGCCAGAGCUAUAGCUGGAUUCCCACUUACCAACAACAACUAUAAACAAGCUGUAGACCUUCUCAAAACUAGAUUUGGAGAACCCCAAAAGAUUAUUAAUAAUCACAUGCAAGCUCUAUUGAACUUACCCAACCCAUCCAAUGACCUAACUAACCUACAGCAAUUCUAUGAUUCUAUGGAAACCCAUGUAAGGGGUCUUGCUUCCCUUGGUAAAUCUCAGGAAUCAUAUGGAGAUCUUCUCGUCCCCAUAAUCCUUGGCAAACUACCCAAUAAUCUUAGACGAAACUUAGCUCGAGAACACAGUAACCCGGAAUGGACAUUCUCUCAAUUAAGAGAAUCCAUUUAUAAGGAAAUUAAAAUUCUGGAAGCAGGGAUACCCAGUUUUGAAAAUAGAAUCACACCUGAAAAUCAUCAUGCUUCUAUCACAUCAUCAUUCCUAUCACACAAUCGACAUGAAACACCACCAAGAUAUGUUCCACCCAUUCAUCCUAAACCGAAGAAAUGUGUUUAUUGUAAGAAAGAACAUUCAUCUAAUGAAUGUCCUACAAUCAAAGAUUGUUCAAAACGUUGGGCAAUUGUAAAGGAACAGAAACUUUGUUUCAAUUGUUUGGGUCACCACAAAUCCUCAGCAUGCCUGUCAAAGUUUCGCUGUCGUUCAUGUAAGGGAAAACACCAUACCAGUCUCUGUAAUGAAGGUCAGCCAAAACCUGAAAUACCUUCACUAGCUGAAAACGUUACUGGGAACACCUCGGGUACUGUUGUCCACACCACUAUGACCCCUAUUGCCCCCCUGACUAAUCCCACCCACACGGAAACCUUGCUCAAAACAGCCAUAGCAACAGUUGGUAAUCAGACCACCUACUGUGAAGCAAACAUUCUCUUUGACGAAGGAGCACAAAGAUCAUUUAUUACCAAAGAUUUAGCAACCCGCUUGCAACUACAACCCACAGAAAGAGAAUUUAUCAGUGUAUCUGGCUUUGGUGCUCAAACUUCAGCUGCAAGGUCCCUCGAGUCCACAGUCAUCAACCUUAAGACCAUUACCAAUGAUGAAAUCCCACUACGCGUACUAAUUGUUGAACAAAUAGCAACACCACUUCAACUUCGUUCACAUCACCAUAUCAACAACAUCCCACAUCUGAAGAACCUUCAACUUGCGCACCCUGUAACAAAUGAUGAGAAUUUUGAAAUUUCCCUCCUCGUUGGAGCCGACCAAUACUGGGACAUCAUCGAAGACCAAGUCAUCCGUGGAAAUGGGCCUACUGCCAUGAAAUCCAAAGUUGGUUAUCUACUAUCAGGUCCGCUAAAAACUGACCAACCAGUACAUUCGAUUGCAAAUUUUCUCCAGAUAUCCUCAGAUGAAUACAACCUACAACGAUUUUGGUCUCUAGAGUCAUUGGGAAUAACACCACCAACUGAAAAUGAUCCUCAUAAACAAUUUCUCGAACAGUAUCAACAAUCAUUCAUCAGCCGUGACACGAAUGGCAGUUACAUAACAAGAUUUCCGUGGAAACCAGAACACCCACCUCUCCAAUCUAACUACACGGUAUGCGAAAGGAGAACAAGAUCGACGGCAUGUCGCCUCAAACAAACACCGGAACUACUCCAGACAUAUAGUAAUAUCAUCACCGAGUAUGAAAGUCGUGGAUUUAUAGAGAAAGUUCAAACAACUCAACACUCAGAUAAAGCUCAUUAUAUUCCCGAGCAAACGAUAAAGAAAGAUGAACUAGUUAUGGUCCACGAUGAUAAACCCAGAAACAUAUGGAAAUUAGCAAUCAUAGAAGAACUUAUUCGAGGAAACGAUGGAUUAGUGCGAGCCGCAAACAUCCGCACAAAAAAUGGUCGCACGAACAGACCAAUCACCAAAUUAUACCCGUUAGAGAUCUCCGCAGAAAUUAUCAAAGAACAACAGAAACAAUCGAAUGGCGCGGAAGAAACCGACACGCGAACAGUUGCUGAAAACAAUUCUUCACGACCAAAGAGAGCGGCGGCUCUAAGAGCAAGAAACAAAAUUUCAAAAUGGGUCGAAGAACUUUCCCCGGCCCCGGAGGAUGUUGAAUAAUGCUAGAUUAGAUUACUAACUUUAAACCUAUCUUAUUAACAUUCAUAUUUCUAGGCUAGUUUUGGGUUAGCUGUGCCUCGGUCACAUGACAGUUGUUUUGGCGCACUUUUAUAUAGUUUUAGAAAAACUCGAAACACAACGCUUUGUAAUAGUUUUAUACACAAUAAUAUUCAACCAAACAAACCUGGUCCUCGUCUUUUACGACAACGUCGUUCGAGAAUGUGUGUGUGGGGUGGGGCGGUUCCACUCCUCAGUCGUCAGGAAUUCGGCAAAGUUGUUAUCUAUUUGGCGAAAGGUGGAACGGAAAGCAUUACUUAUGGAAUUUUUGGCGAGAAAUUACGGAGGAAUUGUGCCUAAAUAAUUGUAUUCGGUCCGAAAAAAAUUGGUGAUGGGGAGGGAGAUUAGAGGGAGGUCGACACGAAUGUAAGAUCAUGACGCCCUUUCAUUUUCAUUGGUGCCCUUUUAUACCCCUUGCCCUCAGCAACAUCCGGCAUCCCUGACUUUACAACACGUGCGAGACAUAUUACCACGGAUAGAGUCACACAUACGACAAAAGAAUCCUAUUUUUACUGCCAUUUAUGAAUUCACAAUUGUAUGAAUCGUUAGAUUGUGAUCAACGUGGAUUUCUUAAUACGCUCUCUCUCGUUUGAUAUAAACGUACGUUAAUGAAUAAGUGACAUUUUAGUUACAAGCCUGGAGAUGGCUGUCAAAAUUCAGCGGAGUUUAUGUGUCAGUUAGAAUAGCUGUAAUGACAUGUGAAAACAUUUAGCAAGAUUGAGGCAUCAAAUGCAAUAUUAUUUUCUUAGCCAAUCUUUUUUGUUCACGUUAUUACUUUUGACUGUUGUGGCAAUAUUUAUUGGAAAGUUUGUAUUUCAGCCGUUGGUACUUGUUACGGAAUGGCUAUGUAAAGCUAUAUAUAGAUUGUGUUAAACGUGGUUAAAAAUAUUUUGACUUUGUUGUUUCUGAUGACAUUUGCCGACUUUCGACUUUUUACUCUCGAUCGACUCUCGACUUUUUACUCUCGAUCGACUCUCGACUUUUUGCUCUCGACUCUCGACUUUUUACUCUCGACUUUUUACUCUCGACUCUCGACUUUUACUCUCGACUUUUACUCUCGACUCUCGACUUUUACUCUCGACUCUCGACCUAUACUGACGACUCUCGACCCUCGACUUUUAGAUACACUCUAUAAACUAUUAUGCAAAGAUGAACAGUCAAUAGAUAUACAUAAUACAAUACUCAAUAGGCGCAAUAAUAAUCGCUUGUACAGUUAAUAUAUUUGUGUCACAAUUGUUUCUGACAAUUAAUCUAUUAUCUAUAUGAUAAAGAAGAAGUUCUGCAGUAUAAACUGUACUAUGCAUACUAUAAAUACAAAUAUUAUAUAAAAUUUAAAUAUUAAAUCCCUGAAUAUUGGAUAAUCCUGCAUGCUAUCCUACAGGCUAUAUCCGUAUGAAAUUGCACUGCUGGUAUACCUAUAUAACUGAUACUGAGUAUUUUUUACCUUGUAUAUUAUAUCAUGCAUGUGCAUGCAGUGUAGCACGCUUUUCAGCAGCAAAUGUUCGUUCUCUGUUUAGAUUUUAAUAUAAUUAUACGAAAAUCUAAAACUGGAUAUAAUUUCAAAAUCGAAAGUCCAAAGUCCAUAGUCCAAAGUUCAUAGUCCAAAGUCCAGUCCAAAGUCCAGUCAAGUGUUUACAAUAUGCCGUACAAUUACGACAAUAUAAACAAUACAGAAAUUAAACAUUUUCAAAUCGAUAGUUUUGUCACUUGUCAGUUGUGAAAUCAAACUAUUACUAUAUUAAAAUAUUUUUUACAAUUGCUAACUUGCUAGUUUAUUUUAUCCUACGUCACUUUUCAGUAUAUUUAAAUUAUUGUCAGCCGAAUUUCGGUUAUAAAGUAUAAAGUUUUAAAUUUUGUAAAUAUAUAGCGGGCUCAAAUUGUAGUCAUCGGUUUACAUACAAAACGAAGGCGCGCGCAUUCAAAACCGGUUAGAACUGGUUUGUUACCGGUAUACUUCGUCCAGAAUUUUGGACGAACAAAAACACAAAAACGGCAGAGCCUUAUUUUCUACGCGAGGGGAAAUCAGGCUCUGCUAUCAGGGUACUGAUCUUGGGAAUAUAAAGUCAAAGGUCAAUGAGACUUGUGAUUGUGUAGUCUAGUUAAUGUGAAACGAAUGCGGAAGCGGAUGCGGAACGGAGCGGAUGCGGAACCGAUAUGGGGAUAAAAUGCGGAACGGAUAUGGGGAUAAAAUGCGAUUUUUUUCGCCUCAUUUUUACGUUUCAGUGUUUUUGAUUUAUGUUUUUUGUAAUGGAUGCAACGUCAUAUUAACUAAUUAUACAGCUAUUUCAAUUAAAGAAUGUCACUGAGACAAUAGUCAAAUGUGCAAUAUGGGCGCUGAAAGGAUGGGGAUAAUCAUGGUUUUAAUUAAAUAAGUUUAGUAUAUUAGUAGCCUCGUGGAGAUACUUUCAGCGACAGCUCCAAGGCAAAUGUAGGUUUAGAAUAUAAAACAUUUGGUUGUUGGUGAAACAAUUUACAUUUCGAGUUGUCGCGUGUAGCAUCACAAUACUAAAUUGUGUCAGUUCCACGAGGCACGACGUUUCCGAUGUGUUAGGCUUGUUUCAAACGUCGCGCUAUAUACUCAUGUGCCAAACGCAUUAAAAACCGAUCGAAUAGAUAAUGAGAUGAAAUGCCUAUGCUAACAGUUUAUUUCGUAGUGUAAGCCAUCAGCUUUACAAAACAGAAAGUCCUCAUGCCCAAAUAAGAGCUCUUGCAAUUCAACGUUUAAUAAACCAGUUACGAAGGGAGUGACAAGGAAUUGUUUAUCUCGUAAAAACGUUGUUCUAAUCCACAUUUUUUAUUAACAUGCCUGCUUUGCCUAACGUGCCUUGUCGGCGACCCUAUACAGUUCUUGCCGUGUUUUUCUCAAUUUGAAACUUUACACUAUCCUUGGAUCCAUAGUUUUCAAAUGUAUAAACAUUUCAGGGCGUAAAUAUUGAGAAAAUCUUUGAGAUUUACGCAAUAAUUAAAAAAAAUUGCUGUAUAAAGUGCCACACCACGUAAUAUAGAUGGCUGCACUUAAACUCUCAGUACACUGAAACCAAAGAAACUUGUAAUACUCUGUGCAUUGCUGAAGGCACACAUACAGCACGUGCGCGUUUGGCUCUCUAAAUAUAGAAAUGAUUAUAGGAUGCAGAAGGCAUGUUGGAAAUGACGGAGUGCGGAGUAUGGAAUGCGGAGUACGGAGUCUGUUAAAACAUAGUUUAUUUUCCUAUUUCGAUUUUAAUUUUCCUACUCGAUUUUAAUGAGACUCUGCGUUUCCCGUUUGUUGUUUAUUUUGUCCAAAGAUUCUAUUUUAAUAAGACUCCGUGUUUUCAACUUUGUGCCCCCAUACACUUGCAGUGUCUUAAUUUAAACUGUCUUUCUCAAUUUGAGACUUUGCACUAUCCUUGGAUCCCUAGUUUAUUUACGCCAUAACAGUAUAUUAUUUUGGUUGGCACGGGAUUAAACAGUUCCUCUACAUGCCGUAACAUAUCACGAGCCAAACAGGAUUUCCCACUCUGACUGCCCGCAAAUAUAAAAAUUUGCAGGCGUUUUAAAUCUCACGUCCAUCGUGUUCACGUGCAAAACACUUACUGCGUUUUUAUUUCACGUGUCCGUUUAUUUUAUAACUUAAAAAUAUGUCCAAUCCUAGAAAUCACUCUAUGGAAAAAACUUUCUUCGCUCCGAAACGCGCUAAGGUCAAAGCUCUUAAGAGGUGUAGUAACCAAACAAACAGCUGUACGUGUAGCAUCUUCCGAGUCUUGCAUCAAAUAAACCAGUGUUAAUUAAAUAAGCUAUGUCACGGCCGAAAUUAGUCACAUUGAUCGUGUUAAAAACGACAUGCAUCUCCUCAGGAUUAACAUCCAAAAUCACUUGACUGUACAGCGGCACAGCGCUUCGUAGCGCUCACGGUGGAAUAAUUUUCUCAAAUUCAUGUCAUCUUUCGCGCUUAACGCAACAACAGUAAAUGAACGUGUAAACGUUUCAAAUAUGUAUUCAAAAAAUCUUAUAAUAAUACAAAAUAGUUUUUACUAUACGUUAAAUGUUUAAACUAUUUAUAAAUGUUUCAGUUCUACUGAGAAUUGGGAUAAUAGCGGGUGCAGAACAACGGCACGAAUUAGGCGCUUCAGCACGAGGCAGUUUUGAUGGCUCUUCAGGUCCCCAUUCGAAAUAA